AUCUUUCUAGGUACCCAUCCUAUCUGGCACCUGAAGUAAUUGCACAGGGAAUAGCCAAACCCGGUGAUCAUACUCAGUGCGAGAAGCCUCUUCCUUCCGGCCCUAAAUCAGAUCUGUGGUCUCUUGGUAUAAUACUGUUUGAGCUUUGCAUGGGGAGAAAAUUAUUCCAGAGUUUGGAGAUAGCAGAAAGAUUGAAAUUUAUACUUAUGUUAGGAUGUGUAGAUGACAUUGUAACUGUGUUGGCUGAAGAACAUGGUUGCCUUGAUAUUAUUAAGGACCUUUCUGAAAAUGUCAUCGCUCUGCUGAAGAAAUGCCUUACAUUCCAACCUUCUAAGAGGCCAACUCCAGAGGAAUUGCUGCAUGCCAGCUUGUUCAGCGAAGUGUCCGCAGUAUAUCCUCCCUUCCACAAACCUGCCGGUCUGUUCUCAUCUUCUCCAAGGUGUGCUGAUCUGACGCUUCCUGAAGACAUAAGUCAGUUAUGUAAAGAUGAAGACGGUGAUUACCUAGCAGAAAGAUCAAUUGAAGAGGUUUAUUAUCUCUGGUGUUUGGCUGGAGGAGACUUGGAGAAAGAACUUGUCAACAAAGAGAUCAUUCGAUCCAAGCCACCUGUCUGCACGCUUCCCAACUUUUUAUUAGAAGAUGGUGAGAGCUUUGGGCAAGGACGAGAUAGAAGUUCCCUCCUAGAUGACACCACUGUGACUUUGUCUCUGUGCCAGCUCCGAAACAGACUGAAAGAUGUUGGUGGGGAAGCAUUUUAUCCAUUGCUCGAAGACGA